GAUACGCGUGUCCUCGUACAUUGAUCAAUCGGUGAGUGACGCGCAUAGGACAAUCCGCUCGUCAGGUAUAUAAAGGUAUCCACCAAAAAGCAAGAGCAUCAUUCACUCCCAGUUCAACACACGAGCUGAUCCAAAGAUCUACCAAACCUAUCAACAAUGAAGUGCUUCGUUGCUAUCGUUCUCUUGGCUCUGUUCGCUGUAGCCUUCGCUGCAGAGAAACCAGCAGAACCUGAAAAGAUUGAACAGCUGUCAAACGCAGAAGCUGCGGAGGCACCAAGAGACAAGAGAGGCCUAUUGCUGAGCUACACUGCACCAGUUGCACCAGUUGCACCAGUUGCAUACACUUCUUAUGCUGCAGCACCAAUUACCUACAGUGCUAGUUACAGCUUGCCCUAUGCCUACCGCUCGUACCCUUACUACUACAACUCUUACUAUCUGGGUUAAAUCACAUGUCUUAAAGCUAGCACCAUGGGAUGUUCGUAAUUAAGACUAAGGAAACGAUAAUGGCAAUUGCAAGGAUUUUUAACUGAAUCGUUUACGCUACAUUAGUUUAAGUAAGCCCAGAAUAAAAGCUAAACAAAAUUUGUUCCGAUGUUAACAUUCAGUGCGCUCACUACUAUUUUUGGAUGUAAUUUUCAAUGUACACGUGUUUCGGCAAACUCAUGUUAAAUGCGAUACUUUGUUGUAUGUUACAAUGUUAAAUACAGAAUACAAUUCAAUUUA